AUGCAUCAGGACAACACUCCCUACGCCCAAUUCGAUAGUGUACACACCACUACUCCCUAUCCACCACAACCACAACAAUAUUACAACACUACCACAACAGAUCCGAAUUAUUUACCCUAUUCCACUCCGCCACCACAAUAUUACACACCAACAACUGCUGGAGUACAAACAACAAGUACAGCCACAACAGGUUUUAUUCAACCUCAUUAUGAUAGUGACUAUACCAAGAAAAAGAAUGAUGAUACAUGCUUGUUAUUAUUCAUUAUUGGAUUCUUCAUUCCGCUUGUUUGGAUAUUUCUGUUCUUUGUUACACGUGACAGCUCAAAAUAUUCGCAUAAAGCGAGAACAAUGGGAAAUGUUGGGCUUGGCCUUAUUAUUGCAUCGUGUAUGAUCUAUGUUGUUAUGAUUAUUAUCAUUGUUGUGGUCUCGACCAUUAACAUUAAUAAAGCUAGAAAUUAA